UUCUGUAGCUCGCUGUCUGUCUGUAGAGGUCCUUCGCUGUAGGUGACAUUCAUUUGAAGGGGCAGCGACUGUGGAGACGAGGCGAAAAAGAUCUGUCUAGCGAGCAGCCAUGGCACAGGCGGUACAGAAGCUGGUUGCUAAAGUACCAACUUUGGUUGGGGCUGCCGUGACCUACUCAAAGCCCCGGUUAGCAACAUUCUGGUAUUACGCCCGUGUUGAGCUGGUACCACCUUCCCCAGCUGAGAUCCCCAAAGCAGUGGCUGGUUUUUCAGACCUGCUGAAAGGUUUCCAGUCUGGACGCCUCGGUCAGACCACUGUCAGGGAUGCUUUGAGGAAUGGUCUUGUUGCCACAGAAGUUCUGAUGUGGUUCUACAUAGGCGAGAUCAUUGGAAAGAGAGGCAUCGUGGGAUAUGAUGUGUAAAUGUGGACUGUCUUUGUUGCUUGUUCCCUCUUUUGUCUUACGUUCGAGCUUCUUGGAAUCCAGGAACUAAAUAAAUGUUUAUUAAACAAAA